UAUACCUUAUACUCUAACUUCUACCGUUACCUUUGGGCUUAGUGAAACAGCUAUCAAAAUUUUAAAGAAAGAAGAGCUUAAUGGUAGGGACUUCUUUAACAUGACCAAAGAAAAGUAUAUGCAAGAUGGUUUAGUAAGAGGAUCUGCUAUAAGACUUAUGAAGUUCGCUAAAGAGUAUAAGAAUAAGAAGUUGAAGGCCUUUUCAAUAUACUGCAGUUUAAAAGAAAUUCUGAUUCAAGAUUUCAAUAAGCACUUAGGACAUUGUGUAGAGAAUAUUUUAUUCAGGAUGAAGCAUUACAGGUCUUUGGUUAUAGAUAGCUUAGAGUUUAUAUGCAAUGAUUAUGUUUUGGCUAUACUUUAUAUAGCUUUCCAUAUCGCAGAAGAUGAAACAACUCUUAUGAAACAAACAGGAGGAAAAAAUGAAAACGUAAAAUUUCUCAGUGAUAUGAAAAAUGUCUUGAGUAUAGUAGUUAGAAUGUUAGUAGAUAAGGCAAGUGCAGAAAAUGAAUCUUUCUCAAAGAAAAAAGCUAAAGUGAAGGAAUAUCGAUCGAAAAAAUAA